ACGUAUCUUGUCUAGUGUGCAGCAAGCUCAUUGCAUGGAGAGAUUUUCACUGUGCUGAUGGUAUGUCACAUACACUUUGAGAAAGUUUUUUCUUUUCUUCAAACGUAUGAUGACAUGUGGCGUACCAUCCUUUGUUCGAGUGCAGUAAAAAAUCUCUCCACUGGAUGGUCGUACUUCCUUCUUUAAUGCAAAAUCUCUCCCUAGCAUUACUCUUAUAUAUAGAAGCUCCUCUUGAAGCAAAAGAUAUCUCUUUAGCUUUAACAGUUUGUUAAUCAAUUUCAAUUUUAUUACCAUGGCUUGUUAUCCCUUUCAACAAAAUGGGUUUUCAACAUCAUAUUCAGAUUCACCUCCAACUCAUUACACUCUAAAAAUCAGGUCGUUUUCAUUGCUAACCAAAAAUUUAGAGGACGAAUAUGAGUCGGGAGAAUUUGAAGCUGGAGGAUACAAAUGGAAACUAGUGCUCUACCCGAAUGGAAACAAGAAGAAAAAUGUGGAAGGCCAUAUCUCUGUUUACUUGGAAAUGGUUAGAGCUGAGUCACUUCAGAAUGGAUGUGAAGUAUAUGUUGAUUUCAGGUUCUUUUUGCUUGAUCAGAAUAAAGGCAUGUUCCUGGUUAUUCAAGAUGCCAAUAAAAAGGAAAAAUGUUUCCAUGCGAUGAUGCGUUAUUCGGGAUUUGAUAAGCUUAUCACUCUUACAUCGUUUACUAAUCCUUCCAAUGGAUAUGUCAUUGAUGAUAAUUGUGUGAUUGGAGCUGAGGUCUUUGUUUGUAAGGAAAGAAGCUGGCAAAGGAGAGUCAGUCUCGAAGAUCAAGGAUGAUGUUAAGUGCAAGCAUGUUUGGAAGGUUGAGAACUUUUCAAAGUUAGGUUCUGAAUGCUGCAAAUCAGAAACAUUCACUGCUGGAGAACGGAAAUGGAAGAUAAUUCUCUAUUCCAAGGGAAAAAGCCUUGGAAAGGGUACUCAUAUUUCUCUUUACUUGGGAUUGGAUGAUCCGGAAAAACUUCCUGGUUCCUAAGUAUUUGCAGAGUAUUCCCUGCGCAUUGUAGAUCAAAUGCAUGCCAGAUAUGAGUGCUUUAAAGGCAGGCAACGGGUUUUUGGUGAAGGAUGCUUGCAUAGUGGAGGCAGAGGUCACUGUCCAUGGAACUGCAACUGCACUGUAGUUGGCACGUCGUAUGUUUUGCUAGAAACCUUGUCACUGUCCAUGAUAUUGUAAAAGCACCGUCUAGGUGUGGGUAUACCAUAGUGCUAAAAUCCUUGUUCACCAAA